GCAGGUCCUGGCCCCGCUCCUGUCCCGGCCAGGCCAGCUCUGGUCCAAUUUUUGGGGGGCUCUGAGCCCCGACGGUUUCUACGCCCGAGCCCCCGACUACGUGGACGUCGUCACCGGGAGGAGACGGGGGGUGUGGAACGUGCCCUACGUCAGCCACGCCUACCUGGUGGGCGGGGCCGCCCUGCGGGGACCGCUGGGGGAGGGGCCAAUCUUCGACCACGCCCACCUGGACCCCGACAUGGCCUUUUGUGCCCGAGCACGAGAGGAGGGGCUGUUCCUGCACGUGACCAACCGGGAGCACUUCGGGCACCUCGUGGUGACCAACGGGUUCAACGCGUCCCGGCGGCACCCCGAGCUCUGGGAGCGGCCCCGCAACCCCUGGGACUGGGCCCAUCAGUACGUGCACCCCAAUUACAGCCGAGUGCUGGACCAGGAACCCCCCCCGGAGCUGCUCCAGGAGCCGUGUCCCGACGUGUUCCAGUUCCCGCUCUUCUCGGAGCAGUUGGGGCGGGACCUGCGUGAGGAGGCGGAGCUUCGGGGAGGGUGGGCGGAGCAUCACCAGGAGUGGUCCCAAGCCCUGCCCCUGUCCCUGCUGGAUCUCGACGUUGUUUUCGGGGGGGCCCUUCGGGAUCUGCUGCCCCCCCUGGCCCGGCGGCUCUUCCCGGGGUACCGCCCCAAGGGCCGGACCGUGCUGAGCUCGGUGGUUCGUUACGACCCCGCCCACUCUGACCACGCCCACUCUGGCCACGCCCACUCUGACCACGCCCCCCAGGCCAAGCCCCGCCCCUCGGCCACCAUCAGCCUCAGCGUCAGCCUCAGCCACGCCCAGGGCGGGGGGUGGCACUUCCCCCGUUACCAGUGCGGGGUCCCCGCGCCCCCCCCGGGGUGGGCUCUGCUGCACCCCGGGCGCCUCACCCACCUGGCCCGGGGGGUGCCCCCCGCCCGCGCCCCCCGCCACGGCCUCGAGGUGCUGCUGGACCCCUGAGGGGACCCCAAAUCGGGGAGGGGGACCCCGAAAAUCGGGGAGGGGGACCCCAAAAA